AGCAACAGACUAUUCCAUAGCAUCAGCAGGACAGCAGCAUCAGUUACGUCAAAUGGUUCCUGUUGUUCUUCUCGAGCAGCUUAACCUUUGUCCCAGAAAGAUGAAGCAACCUACGAUUAAGAUUUUCAAGAAAAAGGCAUUACCUCCUUCUCAAGAGUUUGGAAUGGAUGAGUCUCUUCCCUUAGAUGUCUUCUUUUUUGACUCCCCUCUUGAAGGCUCUCUAGAACUGGAUGAUCUUCUGGAUACAGAUUCAUCAAUACUGAAGAAUGAGGAGAGGAAAUGCCCAUACUGUCCCGACAGGUUCCACAAUGGGAUUGGCCUAGCCAAUCACGUGCGGGGCCACCUGAACAGGGUGGGUGUGAGCUACAAUGUCCGUCACUUCAUCUCUGCAGAAGAAGUGAAAGCUAUUGAGCAAAAAUUUUCCUUCCAAAAGAAGAAGAAAAAAGGUAUUGCAAACUUUGAUCCAAGUACUUUCAGUUUAAUGAGAUGUGAAUUUUGUGGAGCUGGUUUUGACACACGUGCAGGGCUGUCCAGCCAUGCCAGGGCCCACCUGAGGGAUUUUGGAAUCACCAACUGGGAGCUCACCAUCUCACCAAUAAACAUCUUGAAGGAGCUGCUAGCGAAUUCAUCAGAACAUCCUAUGCUUCAGACUGCACUAGGAGCAGAUCCUUCACCCCCAAACCAAGAGAGAGAGAUGCUUGGGUUUGGGUCCUGCAAAAGUACGACCCCUGUAUCUGAAUGCAGCAUUUCACAAUCACCUUUCUCCCCGUUCCCUUCAUCCUGGGGAGAGGAACCCAUACAGUCCUUCAGAGAUGUCAUGGCUUCUGAGGAGGAAGAUGAUAUGGUUACAACAGAAAUGGGAUCACUAUCACUCCAGAAGAAGAAUUCUGUGGCUGGGUCAUUAGACCAGAUUCCAAGCAGAAUAGGGAACUCGCUGUCUCCAGACCCUUCCAGCAAUAAGGCAGACUCCCGAGAUUCUAAAACACCAAACCUCACGACGUGCGAGGUCUGUGGCGCCUGCUUUGAAACCCGCAAGGGCCUGUCCAGCCAUGCCCGUUCUCACUUGCGUCAGCUCGGUGUGGCUGAGUCCGAGAGCAGCGGAGCCCCCAUCGACUUACUGUAUGAACUGAUGAAACAGAAGGGCAAACAGGACAGCGGCCCCAUCUCUCCAAGCCUUAGCAAAAAAUCUGCUUCUCCCAAAGAAGGGACUGCAGGGUCCUCACGGCCAACACUGUUGCCCCCCACUACAGAACGGCCUCAAGAGCCACCUGUAAACAAAGCAAUCAAAUCCCCUCCAGAUUUCAGCUCCAAGAAUGUUGCCCAGCCAGGAUCUCCCAUACUCAAGAAAGUGACACCUUCUCUGCCUGGUUCUCCUCCACCAAAGAACCCUGAAGACAAGAGCCCUAAGCUACCGCUGAGCCCCCUGCAGAGCUCUCCUAAAGCACAGUGGCCACAACCGGAGGAAGAAGGCCCCUUAAAUCUAACUGUAGAUAGUGACUCGGGCAGAGAAAUUGACUGCCAGUUAUGUGGUGCCUGGUUUGAAACCAGAAAAGGGCUGUCAAGUCACGCUAGAGCCCACCUGAGACACCUGGGAGUGAGCGAUCCAGAUGCUAAAGGAUCUCCUAUUGAUGUUUUAAAUGAUCUCAUCAAAAAUGAAGACUUCAAAGGCCGUCUUUCCUCUCUCCUCCCUAGUGAGAGAGAAUCAUUAGGGGACACUGGGAGUUCUGAUGGACCCAGCCCAAAGAGCACCGCUACAGCAACGCCUGCCACAGGCAUGAAACAAGCACAUUCACCAAAGUCUUUGGGCAAACAGCCAUCUGUACUCUCACCUCACUCCCCUCCACCAUCCAAGAAACUGAAGCCACAUGGCCACAGACUGUCAGCUGUGGCCACUCUGCAAAGGAAACAGGGUCUUUCUUCCAGCGCGUACUGGGCAUCAGAUGCUGAGAUGGCUCCACUCAAUCUCUCCUCUGGAGCAGAACCUGUGCGAGACAUCAGGUGUGAGUUCUGUGGUGAAUAUUUUGAGAAUCGGAAGGGGCUGUCCAGCCAUGCCAGGUCACAUCUGCGUCAAAUGGGGGUAACUGAGUGGUAUGUGAAUGGCUCCCCCAUUGACACACUCCGAGAAAUCCUGAAACGGCGGGCCCAACCUCGGACCAGUGCCUCUGGCUCCCCAGCACAGGGUCAGAAACCCAUUGCCCCAUCUGUUCUUGGAGGCUCUCUGGAACCAUGCAGUCCAGGGGAAAGCCAUGUGCCUACCAUCCCUAAAAGGGCACAGCAGCCAGGGAGUCCUAUGGGGCAGUCUUCUACCUCUUCUCCUCCCCCAACUGCUAGAAAAAUCUUCUCUGGGCUUCCCUCUCCCUCUUUGCACAAGAAACUGAAGCAAGACCAUUUGCGAAUGGAAAUCAAGCGGGAAAUGAUGUCUGGGGGACUUCACAACGAGUCACAUCUGUCAGACAGACCUUGGUCACCACGGGAGGAGAUGUCUCCACUCAAUCUCUCUUCUCGUGCUGAUCCUGUGCGGGACAUUCGUUGUGAGUUCUGUGGUGAAUUUUUUGAGAACCGAAAGGGGCUUUCUAGCCAUGCCAGAUCUCACUUGCGCCAGAUGGGAGUAACUGAAUGGUCAGUCAAUGGCUCCCCCAUAGACACACUCCGAGAGAUUAUAAAGAAGAAGAACAAGCCAUGCUUGAUAAAGAAGGAGCCGACCACAAUGAGCAUUGAGCUUCCAAAACCCAUGGGGGAGGAUGGAGGUGCUCCAAAGUCCCCUGGGAAAAUGCUGCAGUCCAUGGCUUUGUCCCCGCUGGGCGGGAGGACAGGAAAACCAAACCUUGGUCGGGAGAUUUCCUUAUCUCCACUCAAGUCACAAGAGGGUUUCUUGGCAUCACUUUCCACUAAGCGCCUGCUGUCAGAUGAGAGGCUGAGUGGCCCCGGUGAAAUGAAGCAGAAAACCUACAUCCAGACUGAGUUGCCAUUCAAAGCCAAGCAUGUGCAUGAAAAGCCUGCUCAUACAUCCAGUGAAGCCUGCUGCGAACUGUGUGGCCUGUACUUUGAGAACCGCAAGGCGCUGGCCAGCCAUGCUCGUGCCCAUCUCAGGCAGUUUGGAGUGACUGAGUGGUGUGUGAACGGCUCUCCAAUUGAGACUCUGAGUGAGUGGAUCAAGCAUCGACCCCAGAAAGCUGGAGCGUAUCGCAGCUACAUCCAAGGUGGGCGGCCCUUUACCAAGAAGUUUCGCAAUGCCUCUCAUGCACGCGACAGUGACACCCCCGGGAAAAGAGCUCCUCUGAGCCUGCAGGCAGGCAGCCCUCCACUGCUGAGCAGAAGUCUAGGUGGGGAGAUGGUGCCCAGCGAGCCCAGCAAAGCUGUGGAUGGAAGCAGCGAAAGACCUGCAGUCACCUCACCUCUAUCGCUGGUAAAGAUGGAGGAGCAUCACCAACAUAACAUCAACAAAUUUGAACGGAGGCAGGCCAAGCCCCUUGAGACUCCUGCACCUCGAGAAGAGGAAGCCAAUGACAUGCAGCAGAAGUCUGAAGAGGUCCGCCAGCCACCCCCCAGAGUGAGACCAGUACCAUCCUUGGUUCCUAGGCCACCACAGACUUCCUUGGUGAAGUUUGUGGGUAAUAUCUACACACUUAAGUGCAGAUUUUGUGAAGUGGAGUUCCAAGGGCCCCUCUCUAUACAAGAAGAAUGGGUACGGCAUCUCCAGCGCCACAUCUUGGAGACUAACUUCUCCAAGGCAGACGCCUUGCGAAGUGGAACUGAUGUGCCUGCGGCACCACCUGUAGCUGAAGCCCAGUAGUAGAGCUCUUAGGAAGCACCAGCAUUCCAGCAUUCCCUUACUCUUCUGAAUGAACAAAAUUAAUUAUUAACAAAGGAGGUGAAAGCAGUAUUUAAUUUCUGGGCUCUCUUGCUAUCCUGCAGGCGAGGUUUCUAUAAACCAACUUGGACUCGGGGCAGGGGGAAGGAUCCCAGAAUUCGAGCACUAAAUAAACCAUGCUGUUUUUGUGGAGAUGCUCUUUACUGACAGCAGUGGUAAUCCAGGCUGGAGUUUGCUUUCGUGCACUCUGUCUGCACAGAGGGAAGGUGUGGAACAAGGUAAAACGGGAACUUCCUAGUCCUCCCAGUGAAUACAGAUUUCGCCAAAGACUGUCUCUCUUGCAGGGAGGAAGCAUGUACUAGCUGUGUUGCAGAUCAGGCUGUGGGAGAUGUCAUGGUGAGAGUUGUGAAUAUGAGGUUCUAGUGAAAGUUGUGAACAUGAGGAACUGUUUUGAGGUCACACAUAAGCAAGUUGGGAGGGUGGAAGCAGAGCCAUUUUGCUCUGUGGGAAAAGCUGUUGAUUAUGUAUGUGAUCCUAGAGUUAAUGUAUGUUUGGAUCCUUAGGUGACAAGUCUUUAGUUUCUGUAGCCGUUGGAUCCUGUUGUGCAUGUUCAUGUCCCCUAGCUGUGUAUUGGGGGUUUCAGUCCCACCUACAUUAAAGGGGAAAUCACGAAUUCCUUUACCCAUAUACAUUUUCCCUUUCCUUCACUUCCUGAUAUCAUUUGGUCAUCCCUAUCCAUUUCAUGUGGGACUCUGGAGAGAACUGGGCUUUGCCAUGUUAUGGUAAUCAAAUAUUGGCAGAAAGGUGUGGUUGUUUCCUAUUGUUUAGCCUUGGGCUGCAGAAUGAGUAACGAUAGGCUGUAUGUGACCUCUGGUUGAAAUAAGAUUUGGCUUGUCCUUCUGCACAGCUCUGGAUAAACAAGUCCUUUCCAAGAGUACCUUAAGGGUUUAGAGCAAUGUGGUCUUUGUGGACUCCUCAGUGGAGAAGCACUGUUUGUCUCCUUUCUAGUAGGCACUUGGUACAGUUCCCAAACCAGCAACAGUAGGCCCUGCUGGAAUUGCUGCUUUCCUGUCCUUGCUCACUGUUGCUGUCCUCUCUCUUUUCAUAGAACCUCAACUUUUUAAAAUCUAGUCUUGUGUAGAAAUAACAUUCAUUUUUAUUUGGAAUCCAGGCUGAGCAGAGUCUGGAAGGAAAUUACUUUUUAACCUUUUCAAUGGGGAUAUU